GUCAAAAUGGCUCAUCUCCAUUGUAAACCAAAUUUCUCAAAUAGUAGAUUGGUAUGUCAUUUUUACAUUGAUAACGGUUUUGCUUUUGGCAUAAAAACGUAAUCUCCGUGGGUGUGACUUGUUUACUUGAAACAGUAGCACUGUGCUCCAGUGGGGUUCCCUAGCUGAAUUAUGAAUGGAAAAGUAAACAAAUAAAUUGCUGCAACCGAUAAAUGAGUGAAUGAAUGAAACAAUCCAGUAACGAAUAGGUAAAACUAACUCUGUGGACAGUACUCUAAUGGUUCACUUUGUAUGCAAAUAGUGGUGAUGUUUGUUGGGAGGGGUGUUUUCAUCACUUGCCACCCAAGACGUAAUUCAGCAGCAGGAAUUACCAUUAUCUGUGUCCCACUUUUGGCUAAUCGGACAGAAUAUGCAAUGAUGAAGCUCGUUUCCUGUUGCCAUUGGAAGGUAGCAGGGUUUAUUCUCCUAUGUGGUUACACCUACCCUCAUUAAAAUUUUGGCACUUGAUAAUUCAGGUACUAAGCGUCCUAUAGACAGGGAUAAUCUGCACGCUGACCGUGUUUGCCGUGCAGAACAGUGUUUAUAUAAACAGCACCACUCUGUAAAUGACACUAAUAUUUGAGUUCCAUAUUUGAUGGUGCGCACAUCUCGGCUCGUGCUCCAGGGUCUACAGUUGGCGCGUUGGGCAGCACUCCAGUAGCUCUACCGCUUCUUCUGCCAAGGAUCGUAUGUACUGACGGUUUAGGGUUAAAUUAUGUCGGCGCCUGCUAAAAUAAAUUUUACAGUGAGAAGCAUUUUGGAUUUACCAGAACAGCAUGCUGAAACCGCCCAUAACCAUUCUCCGGAAAGCUACUCUAACUCACCCUACACUGAAUGGUUAGACUCUGACAGAAGCCAUCGCCUCUCCUCUGACGAAAGCAGCACAGAGACUUUACCGGAUUCGACGCAGAAAGACGAACCGUCGUCAGAGACAGAGGCUGAGAAGAAGAAGAAACGACGAGUUCUCUUCUCCAAAUCCCAGACGUUCGAACUGGAGAGACGGUUUAGACAGCAGCGCUAUCUGUCUGCCCCAGAACGAGAGCAGCUCGCCCACCUUCUCAGCUUAACACCAACGCAGGUGAAAAUAUGGUUCCAGAACCACAGGUACAAAAUGAAGAGAGCCAGAGCAGAGGAUCAUAUAGAUAUAAACCAGUCUCCAUUGAUUCGGAGAGUGGUGGUGCCAGUUCUGGUUAGAGACGGGAAACCUUGCCAUACAUGUGUCAUCAACCCGGUACAUUAUCAGGACAAACAAAGUGUCAGUCUGCCCGUGUCAGCAGCUGCACACCCCUCCUUCACACUCCACGGGUACCAGCACCUGCAGCACCCGGCACAACUGGCAUUAUUUCCCGGUUACCAGCACUUAUCUCACCCGAGACAUCACUGGAGUUGGUAAAGCAGACUCUUUGCGUUCGGACUUGAAUGAGACUGUAGGAGCUGUUCCUUUUGUGUAUGGGGGAGCUACGAUUCAAUAACAACACGAUUGACACUUUAAAUGCUGUUACUGACUUUAAGCUGCAAACUCUUCCAUCACUGCUGACCAGAACUGCUCAAUUUCCUCACUUUUAUAUUUACCGAAGGGUUUAACAGAUUUAAUCGGGGUGAUUAUGAACCGUUAUGGUAAUUUCUGUCAAUAGUUUGUCAGCUUUGUACACUUUUUUUCCAACACAAAAGAUACAGUUAUGUUUUUCUUUAUUUCAGCUACCCUGUCUGUAGUGGUGUAACCCGUUUUUGUUUAUUCUGUAUUUUUUGUGAGUAUAUUAAAAGCUCAGUGUAAAAAAUAGUUUGUUGCUGGUAGCAUUGUUCCAGGUGCCUCAUAGCUGCCUGCGGCCUUGUAUAGAAUAGAUUUGGUUGAAUCAAUUAAGCUAGCAUUUUAACAUGCUGGACCAAGGCCUAAGCAUUGGGGAAAAUAAUGGAAAACAUUUGACACAUGCCUCGAAUAGCUGAUGGUUUAUACACAGAUGUGUACAGUUAGACUUGUUAACUUGUAUCAUUAGUGUAUGAGA